CUAUAAGCGGUCGUGUCAGAUGGAUGCUUUGGGCGAGCAUUUUCGCGUAAAUUAAUUGAUUUCUUCUAAUUAAAUUAUUGUGAAUCAUUGUGGUAGCUAUUAAAAUGUAAAGUGAGCCAUGAUAAUAAAUAUUGAACUGAUACACAGGAAAGUGACUUCCAAAUAGGGGUGUAACUAAAAAACAAAAAUGGCCUCAGGUGAUAAUGAUCAUAUAGAAAUAAUGGAUAGUUCUGUGUUAAAGAAGUUGGAUACAACGCAUUCAGGAUCAGAGGAUGAUGAUCGCGAUAGGGCUUCUAUAGCUGAGAAAAAUGCACCGUACGAUCCAGCUGUUGGUCCCUCGGGGGCUAUCAGCAAAGUGCACAAAUCGGAUCGGAAGAUUGGUCACCGUCGUGUCGGCGAGGGCGGCGAGAUCACUUACAAGAAGAUACAGUCCUCGCAGAUCAUGGGAUCUAUACAGCUUGGUAUCCAACACGCGAUCGGUGGUCUAGCCUCCAAGCCAGAGCGUGACCUGUUGAUGCAGGACUUCAUGACGGUGGAGACUACAAAUUUCCCGUCCGAGGGUUCGAACCACACCCCAGCACACCACUACUCCGAGUUCAAAUUCAAGACCUACGCGCCCAUAGCCUUCAGAUACUUCAGAGAUCUGUUCGGCAUACAGCCGGACGAUUUCCUUAUGUCAAUGUGUAGUGCACCAUUACGUGAACUUAGCAAUCCGGGAGCCUCCGGCAGCAUCUUUUAUCUGACGAACGACGAUGAGUUCAUCAUCAAGACGGUACAGCACAAGGAGGGCGAGUUCCUCCAGAAACUACUCCCUGGAUAUUACUUGAAUCUCGAUCAGAACCCGCGCACGUUGUUGCCAAAAUUUUUCGGUCUGUAUUGCUAUCAGUGCAAUAGUAAGAACGUGCGCCUGGUAGCUAUGAACAACCUGCUCCCGUCGUCUGUGAAACUUCAUCAGAAAUACGAUUUGAAGGGAUCCACUUAUAAGAGAAAGGCGAGUAAGACGGAGCGCCAGAAGAGCUCUCCGACGUACAAAGAUCUGGACUUUAUGGAACACCAUACUGAGGGCAUCUUCCUUGAGGCGGACACAUACAGCGCUCUCAUCAAGACUAUGCAGCGAGACUGUAGAGUGCUGGAGAGUUUUAAGAUAAUGGAUUACUCUCUACUUGUGGGUAUCCACAAUCUCGAUGAAGCACAGAGAGAGAAAAGCGAGGCUAGACAGAGAGACUCUCAGAGUGACGAUGAAGAUUAUAAUAGGAAGAGUGGACUCAAUAGGACCAGAUCAGAGCAAACCAAAGAGGAUUUUAAGACACAAGUCAAACGGACACAGUCGAUAAAUCGUCACCGGCUGGUGGCGCACUCCACCGCCAUGGAGAGCAUCCAGGCGGAGAGUGAACCCAUAGACGAGGAGGAGGACGUGCCUCCUGGUGGCAUACCAGCCAGGAACGCUCGUGGUGAAAGACUACUUCUGUUCCUCGGUAUAAUAGACAUCCUGCAGUCCUACCGGCUCAGGAAGAAGUUGGAACACACAUGGAAAAGCAUGAUACAUGAUGGGGAUACUGUUUCGGUUCAUCGGCCGAGCUUCUACGCUUCAAGAUUUCUAGACUUCAUGGGGAAGACAGUUUUCAAGAAGAUACCUUCGUUGGACCUGCCGGAGAUCAAAGGCAACCAUCGCAAGUUCAGAACAUUGGUCACCAGCUAUAUAGCCUUGAAACACUCACCAUCGAAGAGGAAGAGCAUCGCUAAGCCGUCACGAGCUCAGGAGGAAAUCGACAACACAGGGGGGAUCAUCGGACGUCCUAUUAAGGACUAUAAUCCUGAAUACCUCAAGUCUAGACUGUCGCCGAGGUCGUCUAUGAGAUCUAGUCUGAGCGAUUUCACUGAUACGACUAUAUCUACCUGGAAUCAGAGGCAUCAGAUACCGACUGAAUACCCAUCGGUGCUAUCUGACAGACUGAAAGCCAGCGAUAGACUGCCGUUCCCAAGACGUAUAGACUUUGAUUCCUCAAGGGAACCUGGUACUUCAUACGCGGAUAACGUGUACAGAUCCUCCAUCCAAGACAGGAUGGAGUCGCUAUCAGAUCAGCUAACCAAAGUUCUGAGCACCGGCGCCGGCAGUUCACACAUCAACGGCAGUCUAGCAGACAGCGGCAUACAAACAGACAAUACGUCGACGAGCGUACCGCAGAUAUAUAUAGAGGCGCACACGUUCACUCCCGCCGUGAAGAUACUGAAAGACGCCGCAGUGGACACGAGGAACGAGGAGAACCUGCAGGACAUACCGUUCAUAGACGAAGACGAGCAUAAGUGGAGGAGGCGGAACCUGGAGAAACAUAAGUCCAUGUCGAACAUUCCAGAGAAGAUAGACGAGGUCAGUCUAGAACAUUCCAGCGAGCGACUAUCCAGCAGUCUGAAUCGAGCCAAGUCACCGACAUUUGUCGAGAAGUUCAAGAAAUUCUUCAUGGAUAUUGGUCUGGUUAAAACUGAGAGCAUCCCAGAGGGAGUUCACGCGGAUAAUACUGCGAAUAUGGCCAGCACGUUGCCCAAGAACCUGACAAGCUAUAGAGCGAAAAGUGCUACACCGAAUGUUAACGAGGCCAGAGAGACUUCGACCUUGCCGAAGGAUAUGAGGUUUAGGAAGGUGACGUCAGCGCAGACUGUCUACAUCAAGCCAGACUCGCCAUCACCGGUGAUGAAGCUGGUGAAGGACGCCGAGGUCCAAAUGAGUGAUGAUAAAAAGGAGCACGUCUCCGUAGUAAAGCUGAACGGUGACGAACACAUUAAAGAUUCUGAUUCAGAGAGGUUCAUCAAGGAGGUGGUCUACGUUAAGAGCUUAGAAAAGGCCGAGAUAUACUCCGGGAGAGACAGCGGCAGCACCAUCAUAGUGGUGCCGCCGGCUGAUUGAGAACCACGGGCAUAUUACCGGCCAAAAAUUACAUGUAGCUUUGCUAUGCAAAUAACGUCUCUAUUGUAUAACAGCUAAAGUCCUGUUUGAGAAUCCAAGUCUAUUCAGCGACUCGCCCGCUUGUGCUCAAUCUGUACUAGUGACUGAUCGUAUCGACGUAUUUAUUAGAUUUUUUUUUUAAAUUAUUAUAUAAUCAUAAUAAGAAUCUCCCGGUCACAGCCAGUGCUAAGUAUAGAAAUUAAAAAAAAAAUCAAAAAUAUUGACAUAGCAUUAUCUUAGUCGUUCCAAGAUUAUGUAUUACUAAGAAAAUUUAGUCACAAGAUGUAUAAUUUAAUAAAAAAAAUAAUGUCUGUAUCAAAAAAAUUAGACUCGACUAUAUUAAUUAAUUACUGUGUAUAUAUAAAAUAAAUAUAUAUAGCCUUAUAUGAGGAUUAUUUAAUAUUUUUUUUUGCCCAAACUUUUCUUAUGUUAAUAACUAAGUAUAUAAGUAUUAAGAUGUACUUUGUUGUUUUAAACUUUUAGACUUAUACCAGCUAUAAAUAAAAACUACAGGCCUGUUAAUCUAAACAUUGAUUGUAUAUCCUCACAACUAUUACGGAUGAUAUGCUAGAAAUAUUUUAUUUUAAUUUAAUUUAAUAUGUUGUAUACAUUAUGUAAAAUAAUAAAAAAAAAAAAAAAUAAUACAAGUUUAUACAAAAA